AUAGGCCGCAGCAUGCAGAGAAGACAGAAUCCGAAUCGGGAGAUCAGCAUCCCAAGCUUCACGUCCAUAUGCGGUGCCCGCCGCCUGUGCGACAAGUCGAAGAUGCUGUACACCCGACCCAAGCCGGAUGUCCUCCAGAGCAUCCUGCAGUCGAAGGCCAAUCCGGAGUACAAGUCGCGUCGCCUGUGGUACGAACUAAACAUGCCGGAGUGCGCCAGCUCGUUGCUGGACGGCAAGAUGCAAUCCGACCUGCCAGACAGCAUCCUCUGCAUGAGGAAAAACCAGGGAAAGAAACGCCAGAAGAAGCGCGACAGCGCUGUGGCCAAGGCCAACUACAUGACCAUGCGCCUGGAGCGGGAGCACUUCCGCCGCAAGCUGGUGGAGCUCAUCCUGCACAUGGACGACGACCAGGAUCCCGAACUGGCCGCCCAAUGUGCCGUACCCUUUCCCGACCAGGAGGAGCGCGAAAUACUGCGCUACUACUACUACAUCAAGCACGGAAUCGACACCAUUCACGUGUCUCCGUUGAGCAAGAAGAUUCUUAAGAGGAUAACAGAUCUUGUGCCACCGCUGCUGUACAAAUGGCAGACCGCCCUCAAUGAGAAUAUAGCGGAGGUCCGGGCGGAUUAUGUUUUCGCCAUGAAGAAGGCCGUUGUGGACUUUGUCCUGCGGCACACUGUUCUCGAUCGUUUGACCAAAGAAGGAGUAGGCGGAAAAUUCGACACCGCCGAGCGGAAGGAGGUGCAAUCCAUGACGAACUUCUGGCGGUAUCGCUACGACGAGAAUCGCAAUGUCCUGAUGAGAACGCUUUUCUGCAUACAUCGAAGUGUAGCCAGCAUCUUGGAGCUGUGGAGCAUGAAAUAUAAGGAUAAGUCUCUUAUUGAUAAGAAGGAGCUCAGCAAAAUUGAGACGCCGUUUUCAUUGUUUUCGUUUGUGUAUUUGUGUGGCUCCCAUAUUGACAGUGGAAAAACGUUGUUGGAGGAAAGUUGGUACGGCGAAAUUCACUCUUCCCUGCUGAAAGCCAGCAAACGCGGCCAGUUGCCAGACAUUAGGCGAUUCACGCUCGUCAAGCGUUUCUUCAAUUGCGUGGCCGCUUUAAUGACUCAACAGUUGGAGGACAUAUGCAUAAGAAGUCUAAAGGAGUAUGCUGACUUUAUUUGCGACUAUGGGCACUCAAAUCCAGGAUUCGAGAUUUCUGUGAUGCUGGCCGACGAGGACACAAUUCAGUUCAAUCCCAGCUUUUCGAAGGUCCAGAGUGAACUGCUCCGAGUCAUCGAUUCCAUCCUUUUAAGCAUUCAGAUGCUGCCGCGGAUUGAGAGCAAGCUCUACACCGAUCUGGUCGUCUCCAAGAAGAUCUUCCUUACUCCAACCGUUCCCGAUAGCAUUGUGCAGGAGACUAAGAACCGGAUUUGCGCCAUGCUGGAGGAGCAGCGCAUCGGACCAGAACUGCGAUUGCAGGACUUUGAUCCCUUCAUCGAUCUGAUAAACGGAAUCGAUGCGGAGCGUGUGGGAAACUUCAUGGAGAGCGAAGCCACCUUCGAGCAGUAUGCGGAAAUGGUGUACGAGUACAAGGAGAAGGAGGAUCGCAUCGCCAAGGAGGUGUGGGCUGUGAUCCGGAUGGGAUUCUACGAGUUCCACAGGGACAAGUUCAUAACGCAUCUGGAAAGUUUGUGUCGACAGCUGCAGUUGGAUCUGCUGGCCAGGAUGGUCACGGAUCAGCAGGCGAGGAUCUCUCGACUGGGAAAGGAAUACGAUUCCAUAGCCAAGAAGGCGUUAACUGUGCCCAAGGACACGGCUGAACUGAUGCAGCUGAAAGCCUAUGUGGUCCACGCUGAGGAAAAUCUAGUGCCAGAGAUGGAGGCCAGACUUAAGGUGAACAUGGGCGAAAUUCUAUGGCUCAUGGAUCACACUCUGUACUCUCCGUUGGAAAUCAAGAACAACAGCAACUCCUUUCAGUGGUAUCUGAAGCUUCCCUCGAUAUUCGAGCAACAUCGAGCGAUCAUUGCCGAGAAGGUCAUCGAAUACCAGGAGCUGCUCAAGAAGCGCAUUGAGCUGUUCCGCCGCGAACUGCAAAACUAUUACGAACAGGUGCAGACCUACGACACCUGGGGCGACAUCAAGCAGUUGUCUAGAUACAAAAAGCGGGCCGGAGUGCUGGAUCAACGAUUGGUUCAGGCCAUGGAGACCAUUGAUCAGAUAAACGAAGAGGAAACCUCCUACGGCUGGGAUCUCUCCCAGUAUCCGAUGAGGAAGAAAGCCCACGACCAACUUAAGCCGUACAAAACCCUCUUCGAUGCUGGGCAGGAUUUCAUGGACAAGUAUGACCUGUGGAUGCACUCACAAGUGGGCUCCUUUGACCCCGACGAAAUCGAUGGCGAUGUGUCCAACUUUUAUCGCGUCAUUCAAAAGCUGGACAAACAGAUGGGCGAGCAUCCGGUGACGAUGCAACUGAUUCAGGAUGUCAAGGCCCAAAUUGAAGCGUUCCGCGAGCACAUGCCCAUCAUCAAUACGCUGGGAAAUCCGGGCAUGAAGGCCCGCCAUUGGGAGCUGGUGUCGGAGAUCAUUGGCUUCCCCAUCAAGGUGUCGCCAGAGCUGACGCUGGAGAAGAUUAUCGAGUACCAGCUGGACGAGUAUGUGCCCAAGUUCGAGGCCAUCUCGGAGAGUGCCACCAAGGAGAACAACUUGGAACGGGCCAUGGCCAAAAUGGUCAACGAGUGGGAGGGCGUGGAGUUCGCCAUAUCGCCCUACAGGGAUUCUGGCACAUUCAAACUGGCUGCCGUGGACGACAUCCAAAUACUGCUGGACGAUCAAAUCAUCAAGACGCAGACGAUGAAGAGCUCACCCUACAUCAAACCAUUCGAGGCGGAUAUUCUCAAGUGGGAGGCCAAGCUCAUGCUGCUGCAGGAGAUCCUGGACGAGUGGCUGCGCGUGCAGGCCACCUGGAUGUACCUGGAACCCAUCUUCAGCAGCCCGGACAUUCAGCAGCAGAUGCCCGAGGAGGGGCGACGGUUCAGUGCCGUGGACAAGAUAUGGAAGGAACUAAUGAAGCAGGUGGCCCAGGAUCCCAAGGUCAUGGUGGUGGUCCAAAUCGACAAGAUGAACGACAAGCUGAAGAAGGCCUACAGCCUGCUGGAGGUCAUCCAAAAGGGUCUCAAUGCCUAUCUGGAGAAGAAGCGUCUCUACUUCCCGCGUUUCUUCUUCCUCUCCAACGACGAACUGCUGGAGAUCUUGUCGGAAACGAAGGACCCCACUCGUGUCCAGAUCCACUUGAAGAAGUGCUUCGAGGGCAUCGCCACACUGAACUUCACCGAGGAGCUGGACGUCACUGCAAUGCGUUCCUCGGAGCGCGAGGAAGUCACUCUGGUGGACGUGAUCUCGACAUCCAAGGCUCGCGGUCAGGUUGAGAAGUGGCUGCUGGAGCUGGAGAUCGACAUGAAGAAGAGUGUGCACCACAAGGUGGCGGAAGCCUUUUACAGCUACGUCAAGAUGCUGCGACACGUUUGGGUGCUGACCUGGCCGGGUCAGUGCGUCCAGUCCAUCUCGCUGACGUACUGGACCCUCGAGAUCACCGAGUGCUUCGAGAGCGAGGAGCCCAAGGAGAACCUGGCCAAGUAUCUGCAGAAGUGCGUACUGCAGAUCAACAAGAUCGUGGACCUGGUGCGUGGCGAUCUCAACACCCAGAAUCGAAUCACUUUGGGCGCCCUGGUGGUGUUGGAUGUCCAUGCGCGUGAUGUCCUGGCGGAAAUUGUAGCGAACCAAGUGGAAGAUCUACAGGAUUUCCAGUGGCUAUGCCAGCUGCGCUACUAUUGGGAGGAGAAUAAUCUGGACACAAGGAUGAUAAACUGCUCUUUGCCGUAUGGCUAUGAGUAUUUGGGAAACACAACUCGACUGGUCGUUACCCCGCUCACGGAUCGCUGCUAUCGCACCCUGUUUGCCGCCUUGAAUCUGCAUUUGGGAGGCGCUCCAGAGGGUCCUGCCGGCACUGGCAAGACGGAGACCACCAAGGAUCUGGCCAAGGCCGUGGCCAAGCAGUGUGUGGUUUUUAAUUGCUCGGAUGGACUGGAUUACCUGGCCCUGGGUAAGUUCUUUAAGGGAUUGGCCUCGUGCGGGGCGUGGUCCUGCUUCGACGAGUUCAACCGCAUCGAUCUGGAGGUGCUCUCGGUGGUGGCGCAGCAAAUCCUGACCAUCCAGCGGGGCAUCAACUCGGGCAGUCCCACGUUGGUGUUCGAGGGCACUACUUUGACCCUGGAUCCCACGUGUGCUGUGUUCAUCACCAUGAAUCCUGGCUACGCUGGACGCUCCGAGUUGCCUGAUAAUCUUAAGGCCCUCUUCCGUUCCGUGCCCAUGAUGGUACCGGAUUAUGCUCUAAUCUCGGAAAUCGAGCUGUAUUCCUAUGGUUUCCUGACCGCCAAGCCGCUGUCCGUUAAGAUUGUGGCCACCUAUCGUCUGUGCUCGGAGCAGUUGAGCACCCAGUGUCACUAUGACUACGGCAUGAGGGCUGUGAAGUCGGUGCUGAAAGCAGCUGGCGCCUUGAAGCUUCGCUAUCGGGACGAGAACGAGGACAUUCUGGUGUUGCGAUCCAUUAAGGAUGUGAACUUGCCCAAGUUUCUCAACCAGGACAUUCCCCUGUUCCAGGGAAUCACUUCCGAUCUGUUUCCUGGAACAGUUUUGCCCGAAGCCGACUACGUGCUAUUCAAUCGCUGCACACAGAUGGCUUGUGAAAGACAGAAUAAGCAGUGCACGCCUUUUGUUUUGGAGAAGGUGCAGCAGCUCUAUGAGAUGAUUGUGGUGAGACACGGUCUCAUGCUGGUGGGCCAUCCAUUUGGAGGCAAAUCAACCACCUACCGCGUUCUAGCCGAGGCACUAGAGUGUAUGGAGAAAACGGAUGGUUCGGAAAACAAAGCCAUUUACACAAUAAUCAAUCCGAAGGCCAUUACAAUGGGUCAGCUAUACGGACAGUUUGAUGCAGUUUCCCAUGAGUGGAGCGAUGGAAUUUUGGCAGUCAAUUAUCGUAUCUUUGCAGUGUCUGAUAGCCCAGAUCGCAAAUGGCUCAUAUUUGAUGGGCCAGUGGAUGCCAUAUGGAUUGAGAAUAUGAACACCGUGCUGGAUGACAAUAAGAAGUUGUGUCUGAUGUCCGGCGAGAUUAUCCAGUUGUCGAAUACCACUAAUUUGGUCUUUGAGCCCAUGGACUUGGAGGUGGCCUCCCCGGCCACGGUCUCUCGGUGUGGCAUGAUCUAUCUGGAGCCCAGUUCCUUGGGCUGGGAACCCUUGGUGGCCUCGUGGAAGAAUACUCUUCCCCCAGCCUUCCACACGGUCAGCAAACAACUGAUAUCGAUGUUAAUCGCUCGAUUUUGUCCCAUUCUUCUGUACAUUUUGCGCAAAAGUCUGAAGGAAAUUGCACCCACUUCGGAUGCAAAUCUCAUGGUCAGCCUGAUGAACUUUUUCGAGUGUUUCAUAGACGACUUUCGGGACGAGAAGUAUGUGGCUAAUGUGUCCGAUUUGGAUUUUAGAGCCCAAACAGAGGGAAUAUUCUUGUUCUCUUGUAUUUGGUCACUCGGAGGUUCCCUAGAUGCGGAUAGCAGAGAUAAGUUUAAUAUAAUAUUUAGGGCGCUAAUGGAGAAGACGUUCCCCCAAAAUCUUUACGACACCUAUGGCGUAACUGAGGAUCUCUAUGUGGAAACCUUGGCCAAGCCAUUUAUAUUCCCAAUUCCAAAGCACGGAUCAGUGUUCGAUUACAGGUACAUAAAGGAGGGUAAGGGCAAGUGGAAGCCAUGGCAGGAUGAUGUGAACUCCGCGGCACCAAUCCCUCGGGAUAUACCAGUCAAUCAAAUUAUUAUCCAAACCAACGAAAGUGUCCGCAUUGGAGCUGUCUUGGAUUUGUUGAAUCGGCAUGGCAAGCCCGUAAUGUUGGUGGGACCGACUGGCACUGGCAAGAGUGUCUAUGUGAUUGAUUACAUGCUCAAGAAGAUGGAUCUAUCCGUUUACAAGCCCCUGCUGAUCAGUUUUUCCGCCCAGACAUCCGCCAAUCAAACGCAGGACAUCAUCAUGUCCAAGCUGGACAAGCGUCGCAAGGGCGUCUUUGGUCCACCGCUCAACAGUCGCUUUGUGAUCUUUGUGGACGAUGUUUCGAUGCCUCUGAAGGAGAACUACGGCGCACAGCCUCCAAUUGAGCUACUGCGCAUGAUGCUCGAUCACAUGAUGUGGUACGAUCGCAAGAACAUCGUUCCAAUGAAGUUAAUCGAUCUGCAGAUGAUUGUGGCCAUGGGUCCACCAUCCACUGGAAACACGGUUACUCCUCGUUUCCAGCGCUUUUUCAACGUGAUAUCCAUUGACGAUUUCAACAACGAUAUAUUGAAUACCAUCUUUAGUAAGAUUGUGCUGUGGCAUCUGGAUACGAGGGGCUUUUCCAAGGAGUUCGAUCCUUGCAUUGACGAGAUCGUAGGCGCCACUUUGACCAUUUACAAUGACGCCAAACUGAAUCUGCUCCCCACCCCGGCCAAAUCGCACUAUCUGUUCAACUUGCGCGACUUCUCGAGGGUGAUACAGGGUGUCCUGCUGUCCGUUCCGGAGGCCACCGAGGAUGUGAACUCCAUGAGGCGACUGUGGGUGCACGAGGUGCUGCGGGUGUAUGGCGAUCGUCUGGUGGAGGAUGCCGAUCGCACCUGGCUGUUUGAGAACAUCUGCAGCACGGUGAAGGCAUCCUUCAACGCGGAUCCCUCGCGCCUGUUUGGUCGACUCGUGGAGAAGGACAAGUCCCUGGAGGAGUCCGAUUUCCGUCAGUUGAUCUACUGUGACUUCACCAACCCGAAGGCGGACACCAAGAACUAUGUGGAGGUGCAGGAUCUGGAGGAGCUGCGCCGGGUGGUGGAGGCCUAUCUGGUGGAGUACAACAACAUGUCGAAGAAGCCCAUGAAUCUGGUGCUUUUCCGCUUCGCCAUCGAGCAUUUGUCGCGCAUAUGCCGCAUCAUAAAGCAGCCGAGGAGUCAUGCUCUGCUCAUCGGGGUCGGAGGAUCCGGGCGCCAGAGCCUGACUCGAUUGGCUUCGCAUAUAUGCGACUAUGAGCUGUUCCAGGUGGAAAUCACGCGAUUGUAUGGGCCGUACGAGUAUCAUGAGGACAUCAAGGCGAUCCUGCGCAAAAUUGGGGCAUCCGAGAUGCACGGCGUGUUCCUCUUUACGGACGUCCAGAUCAAAGACGAGUCCUUCCUGGAGGACAUCAGCAAUCUGCUCAACUCCGGCGAGGUCCCGAAUCUCUUCACCAACGAGGAGAAGAUCGAGGUCCAGGAGAAGAUGGCCCAGAUCGACAAGCAGAGGGACAAGGCCGUACAAACGGAUGGCAGUCCAGUGGCACUCUUUAACUUUUUCGUCACGACCUGCAAGGACCAGCUGCAUAUUGUUUUGGCCAUGUCGCCCAUUGGCGAUGCGCUGAGGAACCGCAUUCGCAAAUUCCCCUCUAUUGUCAAUUGCUGUACGAUCGAUUGGUUUCAGUCCUGGCCGGAGGAUGCACUGCUGGCCGUCUCCACACGAUUCCUGGCCAGCGAGGAUCUCACCGCUCUGGAGCGUCGCACAGCCAUCGAUAUGUGCAUGGACUUCCACACUUCCACUCAAGAGCUCUCAGCAAAGUUCUUCUCCAGGUUGCAUAGAUAUAACUAUGUGACACCCACUUCGUAUUUGGAGUUGAUUCAAACCUUCAAAGCGCUGCUCAGCCAAAAGAGAAACAACAUAACAAAUAAUCGCAAUCGCUAUUUGACGGGCAUCUCCCAGCUGGACAUUGCUGCCCAGCAGGUGGCUGUGAUGCAGGAGCAACUGAUCGCCCUGGAGCCCAAGUUGAAGGAGGCCUCCGAAAUUGUGGCGGAGCAGGUGGCCAAGGUGACAGCCGAUAGCAAACUGGCCGAGGAGCAGCGAGAGAUCGUCAAGCUGGACGAGAGUGCGGCCAAGGAGCAGGCGGCGGUGGCUCAGGAAAUCAAGGACGAGUGCGAUGCCAAACUGGGAGAGGCACUGCCCAUUUUGGAAUCGGCUUUGGCCGCUUUAAAUACCCUAACCACGGCAGACAUAGCGGUGGUCAAGACCAUGAAGAGUCCGCCCAUUGGUGUGAGGAUCGUCAUGGAGGCGGUGUGCAUCCUGAAAGACGUCAAGCCCGACAAAGUGCCGAAUCCGAGUGGCUUGGGCACUGUGGAGGAUUACUGGGGACCCUCCAAGCGUGUGCUCAGCGACAUGAAGUUCCUGGACAGUCUGCUCAAUUUCGACAAGGAUAAUAUUCCCGUGGAGGUGAUGAAAAAGUUGGCCCAACGCAUCCUCAGCAAUGAGGCGUUUGAUCCGGAAAAGAUUAAGAGUGCCUCCACGGCCUGCGAGGGUUUGUGCCGCUGGGUUAUUGCUUUGUCCAAGUACGAUGUGGUGGCCAAGAUUGUGGCGCCCAAGAAGUUGGCUCUGGCGGAGGCCGAGGCCACAUACAAUGCGGCCAUGAAGACGCUUAACGAGAAACUGGCCAUGCUGGCCAAAGUGGAGGCCAACUUGGCCGCCAUCCAGAAGAUUCUCGACGAGCAACUGCGGCAAUAUGGAAUAUUACUGGCGGAGCAUGAGGCUUGCACCAAGAAAUUGCAGCGCGCCCAGGAGCUGAUUUCUGGCUUGGGUGGCGAGCGCACUCGAUGGUCUGAGACGGCCAAAAUGCUGCAGGCCAGCUUCAAAAGUGUAACCGGCGACGUUCUGAUUUCCUCGGGCGUGGUCUCCUAUCUGGGCCCCUUUACCAUCGACUUCAGGGCGGAACAGAUCAAAAAGUGGGUGGCCAAGUGCCUCAACUUCGGGGUAACCUGCACGCCCGACUUUCAACUGGCCCUUGUCCUGGGAGAACCGGUCGAAAUUAGGUUCUGGAACAUUUGUGGUCUACCCACAGAUGCCUUCUCCGUUGAGAGUGCCAUUAUGAUGAAAAAUGCUCGUCGCUGGCCCUUGAUGAUUGACCCACAGGGACAGGCCAACAAAUGGAUUAAGAACUAUGAGAAGAGCAACAAACUCUGUGUGAUUCGCCUGAAUCAGGCCGAUUACACACGUGUCAUGGAGAAUGCCAUACAAUUUGGCUUGCCCGUUCUGCUGGAAAACAUUGGCGAGGAGUUGGAUCCCGUUUUAGAGUCUGUGCUCACGAAAACACUUUUUAAACAAGGCGGAGCGCUGUGCAUCAAAUUGGGCGACUCUGUUAUUGAGUAUAAUCAUAGUUUUAGAUUCUAUAUGACAACCAAGCUGAGAAAUCCACACUAUUUGCCUGAGGUGGCCGUCAAGGUAACUUUGCUGAAUUUCAUGAUCACCACUCAGGGCUUGCAGGAUCAACUGUUGGGCAUAACGGUGGCCAGGGAACGUCCAGAUUUGGAGGCGGAGAAGAACAAUCUUAUUGUCCAGGGAGCCGAUAACAAACGUAUGCUAAAGGAGACCGAGGAUCAGAUAUUGGAGGUGUUGUCCUCGGCUGAAAACAUUCUAGAGGAUGAAACGGCCGUUCAGAUUUUGAGCUCGGCCAAGGCCUUGGCCAAUGAUAUAAGUGAGAAACAGAUCGUCACCGAGGCCACGGAAAAGCAGAUAGAUAUAGCGCGAUUGAGUUAUGUGCCCAUAGCCGAACACUCAACCAUUCUGUUCUUUACCAUAGUGGAGCUGGCCAACAUCGAUCCCAUGUACCAGUAUAGUUUGGCUUGGUUCGUCAACCUGUACAUGUCGUCCAUCGAUAAUACGGAGAAGGUGGACGACAUAGCGGCACGUCUGCUGGAUCUGCGAAAUCACUUCACCUUCAGCCUGUACGUCAACAUCUGUCGCAGCCUCUUCGAGCGUGAUAAGCUGCUGUUUUCGCUAAUAUUGAACAUCAACAUGAUGAAGCAUGACAAUCGGAUUGACAAUGCCGAAUGGAUGUUUCUGCUGACUGGAGGCGUUGGGUUGGAGAAUCCCUUCAAGAACCCCACCAGCUGGCUGGGUGUCCAGAAUUGGGAUGAGCUCUGUCGCCUGACUACUUUGGCCAAUUUCAAGGGCUUGCGCGAGGACUUCGCUGACAAUGCGGGACAAUGGAAGUCCUUCUUUGAUUCGAAGACGCCGCAGGAUAACAAGGACAUUCCGAAAGCCUGGGACAAGCGAAUGAGCCAAUUCCAGAAGCUUUUGCUACUCCGCGUCUUUCGGCCGGACAAGCUCGUACCGGCUGUGCUGAAUUUCGUGAAGGAAGAGCUAGGUGAACGGUUUGUGGAUCCGCCGCAGUUCGAUUUGAUGGCCUCCUUCGCCGACUCGCAUUGUUGUGUGCCCAUGAUAUUUAUCCUGACCCCCGGCUCGGAUCCCACGGCAACGCUUCUGAAGUUUGCCGAGGAUCAGGGCUUUGGCACCAAUCGAUUGUUCCUGUCGUUGGGCCAAGGUCAGGGUCCGAUUGCGAUGAAGAUGAUCGACGAAGGCGUUAAAAUGGGUAACUGGGUGGUGCUGCAGAAUUGCCAUCUGGCAGCCAGUUUUAUGCCAUUGCUGGAGAAGAUCUGUGAGAACCUCUUGCCGGAUGCCACACAUCCGGACUUCAGGCUAUGGCUCACCUCCUAUCCGGCAGAUCAUUUUCCGGUUGUGGUCCUGCAGAAUGGCAUCAAGAUGACCAACGAACCACCCAAGGGACUGCGCUCCAACAUUCUCCGCUCAAUGCUUAGUGAUCCGAUCAGCGAUGCGGAGUGGUACGAGUCGUGCACUCAACCGAGGAUCUUCAAGCAGCUCAUCUACUCGCUAUGCUUCUUCCAUGCGGUCAUCCAGGAGAGGAGAUACUUUGGACCGAUCGGCUGGAACAUCCCGUACGAGUUUAACGAAACUGAUCUCAGGAUAUCCCUGAUGCAACUGCGGAUGUUCCUCAAUCAAUACGAGACUGUUAACUAUGACGCCUUGAGGUAUUUAACGGGCGAGUGCAAUUACGGAGGACGAGUCACGGAUGAUUGGGAUCGUCGCACGUUGAAAACAAUUUUGGAUAAGUAUUAUUGUCCAGCCGUUAUUGACCUGGAGAUGCCUUACUACCUCGAUGAAACGGGCCAAUACUAUGUGCCAGUGUUCAAGGAGGUGGACUUGUAUCUGAACUUCACGCGAGAUCUUCCGCAGAUCUCGACCCCGGCCAUCUUUGGGUUCCAUGCCAAUGCGGAUAUCAUGAAGGACCAAAAGGAAACGGACAUGCUACUGUCGCACACUCUGCUCACGCAGGACACGAGUGCCUCCUCGGAUGACAGCGGCGGUUCCAAGGCUCUGACGCCCGAGGAGGUCGUCACCAAUGUGGCCACCGAUAUCCUGGAAAAGUUACCCAAGCUCUUUGACCGAGAUGCAGCCCUGCUGAAAUAUCCAACUCUGUACCACCAAAGUAUGAACACGGUUCUGGUUCAGGAGAUGGUACGCUUUAAUGUCCUGCUAAACACGAUCCGAACCAGUCUUAUCACGCUGAGAAAGGGAAUUAAAGGUUUGGUUGUAAUGUCUGCCGCAGUUGAGGCGGUUUACAAAUCCGUAUUGAUAGCCAAGAUACCAGCAAUGUGGGCUGGAAAAUCGUACCCCAGUCUGAAACCUCUGGGUAGUUAUGUAACUGAUUUUCUACGUCGCCUUGAGUUCCUGCAGCACUGGUACGAUCAUGGAGCUCCUUCAACCUUCUGGCUUUCUGGGUUUUUCUUCACCCAGGCCUUUUUAACGGGUGCCCAGCAAAACUAUGCACGAAAGUAUGUCAUAUCCAUAGAUUUACUGGCCUUCGAUUACGAGGUUCUCUCGCUGGAGGAGAGCCAAAGGACGGGCCUAUCUGGUCCCGAGGAUGGUGUCUUUGUGUAUGGCAUUUUCCUAGAGGGUGCACGCUGGGAUCGAACUGGAAAACAUCUUGAAGAAUCCCGGCCACGAGAGCUUUUCGAUACGAUGCCAUUGAUUUGGCUGAAGCCACUCAAGCGGGUUGACCUGCCCGAGCGUCACAACUAUCUGUGUCCCAUGUACAAGACGGCCGAAAGACGGGGAGUAUUGUCCACCACAGGUCAUAGUACCAACUUUGUGGUGGCCAUGCUGCUACUUUGCAAUCCCAAAACCCCAAUCUCCCAUUGGAUUAUUCGUGGCACGGCCCUGCUGUGUCAGCUGAGUUUCUAAGAAUUGACGACACUUGCGCUGCUAAAUUAUAUAUUUUUAAAAGAUUAUUGUAGGCUAAAUAAAAAGAAAAGUCUGAGCAUCAAGUCA